AUGAGCGAGCGAGGCACGAAGGUCACCGCAUCCCCGUCAGCGCGCUGUCGUGGGGGAUACCCAGCGGCGGGCGAGGUAGCCGCAGCGGAGGCAGGGUAUGCAGUGGCGAAGGCAGAGUCGUUGGUGGCCGAGGCGGCCGAGUUGAUGGCGAGCGCCGCGCCCCCACGCCGAAAGCUUCGUGACGAGAGCGAACGCGCCGCGCAGGUUCUUGCGCAGGAGCACUUGAAGAUUCUCUUGCUUGUGGGGCGCCGCGCCAACGCGGUAGCGGACAUUGAAGACCUGGUGGAGGUGGCCGACGCCGUGAGGGAGAAGACGCGGCAGGAGCGGCUGAACCUGCUGCCGAUGCCAGGGCCCCACGCUACAAGCGAUGUGGCGACAGCGCCUUCAGCAGGUAGAGCAAGCCCGCACCAUCAAGACAGAGGAAGCGGACAUGCCACAGAUAGAGCGACCUCGGUGUCUUUGCUUGACCUGGCCGCGGUGCGGUUUCAGGUGCACAAGCUGAGCAACGACCUCUUGUGCAACGGCAGCACCAAGCUUGACGCCACGCAGCUGCGUCGGCUCGUGUAUGAGUUGGACGACCAUGUGGACUCGGUGGAGGAGGUUCUCGAGGUGGAGGCGGGCGGUGCGGCAUCGACAGACGCAGAGACACAGCCGCUCCGCGGGACAGCAGGAGCCGCUGCUGCGGCAGAGCCGCUGCCACGCCGAUCGCUGCGGCAGCGGCUGCACCGCGCGAAGAAGGAGCAGAAGGACCUGCUCGAAGCCUCGUCCAACUUGCUACACAUGGCGUGGCUCACGGAGAGCGUCGACGCGGAGCUUCUGACGGACAUGCAGCAUCCCCAGCCAACGGAGACGCGCGAGAACCGAUCAACGGGCGCAGGGACAGUGGCCGGGGAACAGGCGCACGGCGGGAUUCCGUUGACGGCGAAUGAGGAUACGGCCGCCGCAUUGAUGCGCUACACACGUUGCCAGCCCAUCCCCGGCGGCGCUUUAAACCGUUCGCCGACCACCUCCGCGGCCAUCACGGCGACACGAGAGUCUGGCAAGGCGGAGCCGGACCCUCACGAACGCCACCGCGCUUCUCUUGAGACAACGGUCAGCGAGCCCAGCAUGGUGCCGUUCUCCCUCACCGAUCUCACCGGUGGCACUAAAAUGGGCUGCAUAAGCACGGCAACCCCGACGCCGGCUGCCGGCGGCCAGCAGCAGUGGGGGAAGGGCCUGAAGGACACCGGUGCUGUUCUAUCCACGUCUACCGCUCCCUCGCAUCGGCUGAACUUGCUUCGCUUCAUGUCGGAGGUGCUCGCUCAGUACGAGUUGGAGCAUGUGGAUGCAGCGAAGCUGCGUAAGAACCGACCGCUCUCGGCGCCGUCGAUGCGGCUCCAUCACCAAGCAGCGUCGCCAUCCGCAGAGCGGGACUGCCAGCAGGAGAUCGAUGGGGCCAAGGAGGUGGAGGCAGGCCUCAAUGUUGCAUGUUCGCAGCCGAUAGAGGUGACUGCGGGAGAUGACGGGGCUCGGCGCAGUGCGGACGGUAGACUUUCAUGGGCACGGCGGCCUCCCUCGAGCACGCCAGGCGCCAUCGCCGCCACCGAUGGUGGCGCGCAGUCUUUACAGACAGAUAGCCUGUGUGAGAAGCACUGGCACUCCUCUGAAGCAACACAUCACCGACAGAACUGGCGUGGCAGUAGUACGAGUCACGAUGAGAAGGUGCUGCUCGGUGCACAGCUGCGCAACCUGCGCACUGGGCUGUUGCACGACCUGCAUGAACUUUGCACGACUCACAACUACGUGCGGCUCAUCGAAACCCGCCGACGCGAGCUGACAGAAGGUGUCGGCAAAGGCGACGCCGAGUACGCGGCGGAGAUGGAGCACAAGCUGGCUGGGCAUCGUCUGCAACUUGAGGCAGCAAAACGCGCGCGCGAGGAAGCUGCGAGGCGUGAAAUGGAGGCGGCAGUGCUGGCGCAGGUGUGGGGACAGGAGGGCAACAGACCUCGCACAGGUAGCGACAAGAGGUCUGUCACUUCUGGCGGUUCGCAGCGGACGGUUUCCACCGAGGGCUACAGCAAGCAGCUCAGCAGUGCCGCAGCCCUGCGGUCGGCGUCGCCAAGCAGCGGUGCGCUUCAGUCUGACAAGAGGCCUUCAGCGACGACGCUUCUGCAUGGCGCGACUGUGCAAAGUGGCCCGACUGCGGAGGAGGCGGUGGUGGCCGCGCCAGUCGAGACGGAGCUGCUGCGAGAGUACCUCGCGGACAAGGGCCUUGUCUUCACCGUUGUCGGAGUGAAGAGGAGCCCUCACAACUUCGCGGGGGAAGGGGCUUCUGCGGCGGAGGCGCACGCCGGCGCUGCAGCGACGCACCCCAAGAAGAAGGGUGGCUGCCGCGCAACCCUCGGUGAGGCUAAAGGAUCUAAUCGCUAUCUCUACUACGAGCUUCGCGUGGAGAAGCCGCUGUCUGCUCCGCCGUUGGAAAGCCCGGGUUUCGACGGUGCCACCGGCGACGCCACUCCUGCACUUGCCUCGGGCAGCUCCAUGGCCGCGGUGGUGCAGGUGACCACACCUCGAUUGAUGAACCUGAGGAUGACGGUGGAGGCUGGGGCGGCAGUGGAGGAAGUGGCGAAAGGGCAGCUUGUGACAAUGAGAGUCACCUCUGGCGCCCCAGCUCGGCGGCUCCUCACGCUUACACCUGCGAAGCCCUGCAAAGCUAUCUCCUACGCACAGGCCUUCAUGUUUGGCGCUAUGGACGCUGCCCGCGGCAGAGAGCAACGGCGUCGGUCCUCGCACGACAUGUGGGAGGCGAGCUCGACGGCUUCUGCGGCCUUUGUGCUUCCCACCGGCGACCAAAGUCGUCGCAGCGGGUCGCGCAGCUCGUCUCUGGAUAGCCGCAAAAUUCGACCUGCCAAGCGGACACCGCUCACGACCGGUUCCGCGGCGUGCGGCGGCGGCGGGGCCUCGAGGCGGUCGAAGAAGGGUGUUGCUGGCACGGACAGCAAGGAGCACACCGGGGUGAAGGGGCCCGGCAACGCGUCGAGGAGUCCUGGAGGACAGAGCCUUGAGAAGGCACACACGCCAAGCGCAUCAGGACCGGUCACAACAGCGGACAUCGAGACAGCGAAGAGGACGCCGAGGCGAGGCAUGCUAGCAUCCCCGACGUCUCUUGCGGGAGCGGGAGCCGCCGAUGCGACUGCCACCGCGCUCACCGAAGCCUCGCCAACGAAUAGCAAUCGUGUUUCCAAGACGGCUUUGUCCGGCGCGGCGGCGGUGAUGCUGCAGCCGUCGAACGCCUCUCUCAAAGCGAGUCAGCGGUCAUUGUCGAACCCGAGGCAGCUGCCUCACAGUCCGCCUCUCUCCUUCGUGCCACGCCCUGCUGACGAAUGGGGAGUGCCGCAUGCACACACGGAGAUGGAGGCGGCGGAGAAGAACGCGGUGAUAUUGACAGUGUUGCAGACCGGCGAUGAGGGCGACGCUGUCGGUGCGGCGCAGGCGCUGACGUUGAUGACGGAGGAAGAGGUGCUGGCGGCAAGAGCGUGGUCUGCAAAGUCGAAGAGCGAGUGUGGCGGGGCCGGUGCGUCUGUCUCAGAGCAGGGGCGGGCGUCUGUGAACGACAGCGAUACUCUCAGCUUGAUGGAGGGGUGGGAAUUGUGUGGCGCCGCCGCGUUCGCCAGAGAAGGUGCUGAGGGGCAGAGGAUGAUGGAGAGUCCGUCCGCGGCCGAUGCCGGCGUUUCUUCUGUGGUGGACGCAAUCGCGACGGCGAUCCUGCGCCAGGCGAUGAUGGACGGCGCUGACAGCGAAUUCAACGUUGACGCGAGGGGAGGCUCUGCGAGGUCUGGCGGCUUCAGAGCUGGCGUGGACGGGGAAGGGUUGACCGACCCCGCGCGGCUGGCGACCGAGAAGGAAAUGGCCGCAUCGCACGUGCUUCACUCGCCAGCGCCCGUAGAGGAAGAGCAUGGCGGUAGCGCUUCUCGCGCCGGCAGCCAUGUUCCACCGCUCUUCCCCGCCACUGAGAUCGACGCCCCCCAACUGUCGUCAUUCCCCCCAAAGAGGCAGGCGCAGCAUGGUGGAGACAACGAAGCCGCCACCGGGCGAGUCUCAGGUGGGCGGUUCAUGCCGGAGGCCUCGGCAUCCAGAGCGCACCUUGUCUCCGAGUCUGCAAGGCCGCCAUCGGCGAAACCGAGGACGAUGCCGCCGCCGUUGCUCAUCACCUCACAAUCACGUCCCCUUCACUCCCUAGAGGCGGGGAGCCACGACGGUGGACUCAUUCGCUUCGACUUCCCUGACGACGGUGCCGCUGGCGCGCCGGCCACGCCACCGCUGCCGCUACUGUCCCCCGCGAAGCCACACCCGCCGCACAAAGCAUCUCGUAAGGCAAUGCCUGCUCACAGGUCUGCCACGGAGGCGCCAGCCGGUGCGGCUGGCACCGCACGCACAUCACCAGUGCCGCCGCACUGCAUCGAUCCGGAUAACGACAGGGCGGAGCAGGAAGCGUUUGUGCCGCCACCGGUCGUGGUAGUGGAGCGGACGCCAGGCAGCGCAAAGCCGUACAUGCUGCUCCCACGUGAAGCAGCGGCAAGCUUGCUAGGCCCGCCGCUUCGCGACAUGGCGCGUGGGCGACCCGUCAGCAGCGGUACUGGAAGGCGCGCCGGUCUCGAUUCCGACCCACGAGGAGGCGCCGCUGCCUUCCACAAGACGAUGGACGCUGCUCCUGUUGCUUCGCUGUCGCCCCUGGCAGCGGCGCACUCCGUGCUGCCCACAACCGGGGCUGCGGCAGCGGCAGCCGCUGAUACGGAGACUUUAUUGCACGUGCAGAAGUUUCUGCAGACCAUUAGGGGCGGAUCCCCGCGUCACGGCGCGACUGGAGUCGGCGGCGUCGACCCGGCGGCAAACAAGCGCUCGCCGCAGACGACGAAGGGUGCAGCCGCGCUUGCGCUGCGCACGGAGCUGGACCAGCUGCAGGAAGAUGCUCGUGAGCUCUUCAUGAUGGACCCUGUGCGGUACGACACCGUGAUCUCGGAGCUGAUGGAGCAGGCUGCUCGCGCGCUGUUGCAGGGGUCUGCCCACGCUGCAGCACCAUCACCGGCUGCGAAAGAAAAAGGUGGGCCCGUGGCAGGUGCGGCGCCGGCCUUCCCCCACAGCAGCCCUUUGCCAGCAUUGCGCGGUGGAGAGUCUCAGGCAGGAGGCGGCGCUGACAGUUUGACCGACACAGCCGCUGCCGCGACAGCAGCAUCCUUCACGCAUGAGAGGCCUUUCUGCACAUCAGGUUCGGUCCCGUCAAUGUUUGCGCGGUUUGAAGCAUCAGAGGCGGAUGGGGAUGGGCGGGGCCGUGGUUCAGACCUGAGUCUGCGUGCACCGCAGAUGAACCUCAGCAGCACCAUCACGACAAAACGAGGCAGCCGUGUCAACAGCGCAGGCGGUGGCGCGUCGGUGGUUUCGCUGCUGUCGUCGCAUGACACGUUUGCAUCGACACGAAGCCGUGUCUCUCAAGCAGCGGUGGUGUCACCAGGAGACGGUGAUGACGAUGUUGGGAAGCAGCGUCACUCUAUCGCGUCGUACCCGCCACAGCCAAGGGCGCAGCGGCGCCCAACGCACACACUUGUCAUGAGGGACGGCGCCAUUGACGAGGCAGCGAAGCAUCACCGCACAUCUUGCGCAGACGCGGCCGCCGAGGUGGAGCGAAUUCUCUUUGAGCAGAUGAAGGCCCAACUGCUGCUGCGAGCCAUCAUUGCUAAGAUGAAAGAACUUUGGCACACAAAACAGCAGCACGCCGAGGCUAAAAACCGUGAGCGCCUCGCCAAAUACAGACAGCGCUUGAUCAAGCGCGGCUUGGCUGCCGCUUGGCCGCUGGAGCACCAGCGCGUGCUCCAUCUCCAGAAGUUGAUCCACCUGCUCGAUCGCCAGGUCGGUCGCGUGCAUGGCUGGCUGCCGCACUAUUCCGACUCCAACGUGCUCAUGGCCGCACCCUCUCUGGCACCGCCGCCUCGCAGCACAGGCGGUGCAAUGCUUCCGGCUGCGUCGACCGGCACUCAAGCGCCCCUUGUAUUGUGGUGUCGGCAACGGAGCCAGACGACGCUCGACGCCGCGCAGGAUGUCGAUGGCGUCUCGGAGGCGCACGUGUGUCCGCGGUACCUCCACUACCUUCCGCAGCGCCGCCUGUUCCGCUACAUGCGCCUGGCAAAGGAGCGGCGCGUGCUUCCUCUCCGGCUCGUGCGCGCUGACAUCCACCGCAGCCACAACCGGCAUCUCCUCCUCGGCUACGACAGGAUCGCCCUGGAGGACGAAGGAGAGGACCAGGGCAGCUCAUACAAGGGCAGAGGGUCGGAUGGUUGGCCGAAGCGGAAGCUGCCGCGGAGCCGUCGCGGACAACCGCACGAUCGUGCUGUUCCCUUCCAGGAAAGCCGGUACGAGGACAUGAAAACACGCGGAGAACGUGAGCGCUACCUACGGCGCCUGCAGCGCACGGCGGCCUUCCAGAGCGUUUCUAAGAUGUACUCACCGCGAACGCGGCAGGAGGCCGAUUUUCCACCCCUUUUCCACUGA